ACAGAAAAAAAUGUGUGGGAAGUUUAAAUCUGAAAAUGAGAAUACAAGAAAGAAAGAAUGACUUGAAAGUUAAAAAUUUUGCUAUGUUCUUUUUUGUUUUCCUAAUAUGAGUAAGUUGAGCGGUGAGUUGAGCUAGUGGCGAUACGACGUUGAAGGCUUUAAUUUCAAUGUUUCUAAUUUGACUUCUUAAUGCUAAGUAGAAGUUUGGUCUGUCCAGGGAAGUGCAGAGAAAUAAGUAUGUGGGGGUAUCCCUCGUGGGGAAAACACUGGCUGUAAUGGGGUUUGGGAAAGUUGGUUCAGAAGUAGCUAGGCGUGCUAAGGGACUUGGCAUGCAUGUAAUUGCACAUGAUCGUUAUGCCCUGGCAGACCGUGCUUGUGCAAUUGGAGUGGAGCUGGUGACCUUCAAAGAAGAAUUAUUAACUGCAGAUUUUAUCUCCAUGCACAAGCCUCUCACCCCUGCUACACCAAAAAUGUUCAAUGAUGACGCUUUUUCACGAAUGAAGACAGGGCCUCGAAUUGCCAAUGUUGCUCGUGGUGGUGUUAUUGAUGAGGAAGCUCUACUACGGGCCUUGGAUUCUGGGAUUGUUGCUCAGGCAGCACUUGAUGUGUUCACAGAAGAGCCUCCUCCAAAAGAAAGUAAGUUGGUGCAGCAUGAAAAUGUGACUGUAACUCCUCAUAUUGGUGCUACUACCACAGAGGCUCAGGAAGGUGUGGCCCUUGAAAUAGCUGAAGCUGUUGUUGGGGCUUUGAAAGGGGAGCUUGCUGCUACAGCUGUAACUGCCCCCAUGGUCCCUGUUCAGGUACCAUCUCAAAUUGUUCAGUCAGAGCUAGCACCAUCUGUUGCACUCACUGAGAAGCUGGGCAGAUUGGCUGUGCAGUUGGUUGUUGGUGGAAGAGGUGUGAAGUUUGUCAAGGUGACCUAUGCUUCUGCUAGAGGUCCAGAAAAUCUUGAUACUCGGCUGCUCCGAGCUACGCUUACCAAGGGUCUGAUUGAGCCUAUUUCUAGUGUUUUUGUGAACUUACUGAACGCUGACUUCUCUGCUAAAAAGGGAGGACUUAAUUUAAGGGAAGAGCGUAUUGUGUUGGAUGGUUCACCUGAGAAUCCACUCGAGUUCAUUCAGGUUCAAAUUGCCAAUGUGGAAUCUAAAUUUGCUAGUGCAAUUUCUGACUCUGGUGAGAUUACAGUGGAAGGAAGAGUGAAGGAUGGCAAACCCCAUCUGACCAAGAUUGGAUCCUUUGGUGUCGAUGUAAGCCUGGAAGGCAGUCCUAUUCUCUGCAGGCAGAUUGAUCAACCUGGUAUGAUUGGAAGGGUGGGCAGUAUAAAAGGUGAGGAAAAUGUAAAUGUAAAUUUCAUGAGUGUUGGAAGAAUUGCACCCAGGAAACAAGCUGUAAUGACCAUUGGUGUGGAUGAGGAUCCCAGCGUAGAAGCAUUAAAGAAAAUAGGAGAAAUUCCAGCAAUUGAAGAGUUUGCCUUCCUAAUGUUGUAAUACAGUCGAUACCAUCAUGCUCGGGUCUGUUUAUUACUAAUUUGAGCACUGUUCUGAUUGAAUUCCACCGCUCAAUUGGUUGGAUUGUCAAAUACCUGAAAUUUCAGGUAGGUGCCUUGAAAUGUGCCCUUUUCAUUUAAAUUAAUAUUUCUCCUACGCUAGUCGAGUAGUGUGCUCUGGAGUUCACGAGGAGCACAAUGUGGAACACGUCUAUCAAAAUUUACUGUCAGGAAGUUGAGCAUGGAUUUUGCUGCUUUAUCAAGAUUUUACAUGCAUAUUGCAGAAGUGCAACUCACAUUAUGCAAGCCUUAACCCAAGUUCUAAGAUGCAAUGCAAGCGGCGGGGUGGAGCAGGGGCACUCAAGACAAGCCAAAAUAAGAAACGAGGCACCUGUCCAACAAUUUGGCAGAAAUUGCCACCGCAUGCCGCACAUGAAACGUGUCCCAAAUGCACAUUGAACGGGCUAUCCCAGUAAAUAGCAACCUUUACGCAGCAGAGAGUCCAUAUUCAUCCCUGUGUUUGACAUCUUGUUUCAAAUUAAAGCUUGCAACAUGGAAACAAAGCAAGGAACCGAAGAGAUCAAUGAACAAGAAGCGGUAGAAACCAAGGUGGAGACUGUAGAUAUGCAAUCACCGCUGGGGGAAAGCAAAGAACCCAGGUUGAAGGACGUGGGAGUGGUUCACUUGACUCGCAAUUCUGGCAACAAGGGUGGUGUCUUGGCUGGUGUAGCUGAUGCGGUAGCAAACGCCUUUCGUUCUGCCAAGGAUGCCAUUUCAGGCCGUGGUCACGGUAGUAACGAAUGAGUGAUUACAUGUUUCCACCUGGGAUCAUCAAUUAUGUAUGCCUUUGAGGUAAUAAAUAAAUAAGUUUCAAUACAAGGAAAUGACCACAGAAAGGGGUAAAUUUUAGUGGUUUCAACUUUCAAGUUUGAAUACAGAAUGAUAAUAUUAACCAAGGGGUCAUCAUUGACCCAUGAGAGAAAUUAAUAUCUCACUACUUCACAUGGCCAUUCAUUUAUCAUGUGAGGUCGGCCAAUUGAAGGGGAUGGGUAUUUCUAAGUGGCCGUUUCCCUUGGACCACAGCUGACAGAACCAGAAUACAAUUAGGGUAACUUUCGAAAGCAAGACGAAUAUUUAAGGUACAUUUUUGGCUGUCCCACUCAAGAUUCCGUCCAAGAUUUAAGUCCAUUUCCCUUCAUUUUAAGGUCAAAAAGAUUUUGCUACUUUAAAGGAAAAAAAUGUCUCAUACGCACAAGGAUCUGAUGGCAAUAGUAGACAAAAGUCUAAAGCAUCAACAUGUCAUGAUUGAUUGAUAUUUGAUACUAGCAAAUUACAGUCCCAAAAUAUUGAUCCUGAUUGAUUAUUAUUCGGGCAUUUCAGUUACACAGUGCUUCACUUAAUUAUGACCAAACAAGAGAUCCUGUGGAGCAGAUGAGUAAAAUCACGGAAAGCAAAUUCCCCUUGGGCCGCCUACUGCUAAAGGUUUAGCGCAAGCCGAGCACAUUUACCACACACCAACCUCCAUGAACCCAUCCUCGGUGGCGCAGCCCCUGAACAUCCCAGUGGUGU